AACUAAGUAUAAUUAGAUGAUCAAUUGUGUUAACAAAUAGCAACAAUAACCAAUUGUUUUCUACUGACGACAAUUAGAUCCUCUGCCUAUGGCUCAUUUGAAUGACAGUGAUUUAUGGUCCCACUCGCUUCAAAUGACUAGCGAGCGUGAACUUCCCUCCAAGGCAGAGAUGGACAAUCUGCUCAGUUUGUUCUUCCGUUACAUGUAUCCAUUUGCACCCAUGUUCAUUCGCAAGUCGUUUAUGCGGCAGUACGAAGAGAAGCGGCCAGAUCUCUCACAAAUCUUGAUUCUCAACGCCAUAUUUUGCAAUGCUUGCUGGUACUCAGACGACCCGCUAAUCAAACAGGAUUCUACAAAAUACUUCAAUCGAGCCAAGAUUAUUCUGGACGAGACGUACCAUGUCUCUCAUAUCAGUACUGUACAGGCGUUGUUGCUGAUGUCUCAUCAUCAGUACGCCGUUGGUAACUACUCAGGUGGCUGGCUUUACACUGGAAUGGCCACACGCAUUGCUCAUGAUAUUGGUCUACAUCGCCAAGACGUCCAAGUGAACGAACCCGAAGAAGCUGAAAUCAGGAAGAGAGUUUGGUGGGCUGUCUACAUUGCAGACCGACUUGGAGGAGGAAUCCUUGGACGACCAUUAAAUUUGCGCGACAAGGAAUAUAAUGUUCAGAUGCCAUCAGAUGACUGGAUUUCUGAGCUUGGUGGCGACGAUGCAGUCGAAUAUCCAUAUGAGCCCGAGAGGAUUAUCUCUUGCCGAUUGUUAUGGGCUGUUAAGUUGUUUAUGCAGAUGGGCAAUGUCCUUAAUACAAUGCACUGCAUCGAAGCCGAGAUCAAUGGCGCAUUCUUGGCUGACAUCUCUCGGACACAACUCCCUCAGCUGCACAACAGUCUGACGUCGUGGUUCCUUUCACUCCCUAAUGAACUCAUGUACACACCAUACACCAUGUCGCCUAAUUCGAAUCACCCACCUUCACCACCAACUGCCUUGAUGCACAUGUUCUACUACACUACUCUUACGAUGCUGCAUCGCCCUUAUCUCCGCCCUGUCAACUCUGCUGCCAUUGAUCCUAACUUUCUAGUGUCUUCCAGGAAUAUUUGUACCGCUGCUGCCACCAAUGUCUGUCAUAUUGCGGACUCACUGAUGCUCCAUGGACAACUCCGUGAUACUUGCUACUAUGGCAUGGCCUGUCUCUUGGCUGCAGGCACAGUUCAUGUCCAUAAUGCUAUCACUCCCACACCAAGUAACCGUGAGACGACACGUGCUGGGCUCUCCAAGACUGUCAAGGCUGCUCACGAGUUGGUUAAGACUUUCCCUGUGGCAGAAUCAUUGAUUGCUGUCGCUUUGGAUGUCUUUGCUAGCCAAACGAGUUCUGUUCCGACAGAAAUGGCAGCUUCUUUCAUCGAUAUUUCGACGUUCGUAGCUCCGUUCAUCGACAUGACGCAACUCCAGGCAACGUCAAUUGGAAAUAUUUAUGAAGCUGCUAGGUUGGCCAAACUUGCUAAAGAUGGACCAGGACCUGCGCCCUCGAUUCAACUUCGUCAUCCUUAUGGAAACUUUUCGAUGCCUUUGCCCGAGGGUAAGGAUCAAAGCUCCACCAAACUCAGUUCCAUGUGGCAGAGCCAUAUUGCGACAGCAGUGGCAAUGGCUGCUAUUGCAUUUGGUGGCACAGAUCCUCAGCAAGACCAGCAAUUCUUUGCCAAUCCUCUGGAACUACCUGAAGCCCUUCGACUUGCACCCAUUGACUCAAUGAUGUUUCAGGUCGAUGGUUCUACCGGAUUGGGUUCAUUUAAUACAGAUCCACUGCAGUUGGGUAAUCUUCAUGCUGAUUCGACAGUUGGUACGGGGUACGAUCUGAUGCAACAAGCAGGUUCUCAUUUGCUUCAGCACCAGCAUACUGUUCAACAGACAGCCAUUCAGCAGACACAAUCAUUACUACCACAGCAACAACAACAACAGCAGCAGCAACAACAACAGCAGCAAAUCCAUCAAUCUGUACAAACUUCUGUCCCAAUGACCCAGACUACAGGUGAUUUCGAAGGCUCCUCUCAUACGUUCACCGCUUCUCAUGCGCUUAAUCUGAUGCAAGCUGCCCUUGAAUCCACUCUUGUCCCUACACCUGCUUCGCAACAGACUCAACCAGUUGCUGGCCAACAGCCUCGAGUUAUUUCUUCACAGUCGCAACCGCCACAGCAGCAUGCCAUGAUGGAAGAUGAUACAGCGGAUCCUCCUUCCCCACCAGCAAUUUCAUCUGAUGACAUGGAUAUGGAAGGAUCGCUCUCAGACGAUGGACCCAAUAAUAAUGGAGAAUCUAGCAUGUCUGGCAGUACACGCCAAGAUGCACAAACACAGUGUGAUACACCUUCUGGAUAUUCUCCAGAUGGAUCGACAGCAUCCCACGACUCGUUCAUGUCGACCCUGACAGAGGAUGUUGAUCAUCACGGUGGAAGCCUGCCCUUUUUUGUAAACGAUCAUCAUGUGGAUGCAUCAUCCACCCCACAGCAAGGACAACAACAUCGACAAAAGCAGCAGCAAGAGCAACAGCAAGCACAGCAUCAACAACAAGAUAAUCAGCAUCAGUCUAAGGACGGAUAUGAAUGCCGCAAGAGCGUUGAGAAGGUUAAUACCUUGUUGUUUGAUAGCCAAACUAUGCAGUGCUAGAGAAAGUAUAGUUUAAAAACUUUUGUCCGUCUAUAUUUCCUUUUUAAGUACACUUCUUUUAUUUUCUGUAUAAUCCUUGAUUCCUACUAUUUUGUAAAGUUAUAAAUCCUAUCUUAUUUUGAAACCAUUCA